AGAGAUUCCAGGAACGACUUUUGAAUCUCAGAAACAAACGGAACUAGGAAACCAGGAAAGACUUUUCUAUUUAGCCAUGUCUAUAAGCUUGUGUAUGCACUGACUCUCAGAACAAGAAAGACAGCGAGGGACUGAUCUCUUGCAUUCGUUCAGAGCUAUUCGCUUUCAUCGAUCUCAGAUCUACACCAUCGUUUGCAGUGAAUCGGUAGUUCUUCUGUUGGGGGGCAAUGGCUGUUUCCGUGAGAUUAAUGGCUCUCAUAGUAGCGUGUUGUGGCGUCGUUUCCUUCAUAUUCGGAGUUGUUGCUGAAAACAAGAAGCCAGCGUCUGGAACUCCAAUCACAGGGAAAGGUGUUGUCAUAUGCAAGUAUCCAUCUGAUCCUACUGUCGUUUUGGGGUAUCUGUCAGUAGUAUUUCUCAUUGCAACUACCGUGGUUGGGUAUUUGUCACUGUUUUACCCUUACAAAGGAAAAUCUGUUCCACAAGCUGCCUUGUUUAGAAGCUCCAGCUUUGUUGUGUUCUUCAACAUUGCCAUAUUUACAGCUGGAUUGGCUGCAACUCUGCUAUUAUGGCCAACGAUAACAGAACAGAUUCAUCUUGCACGCAAUGUUCAUCACAACCUCAAUACGGAUUGCCCAACUGCCAAGACCGGUCUCCUUGGUGGUGGUGCUUUUUUAUCCCUUGAUGCAUGCCUUUUCUGGUUGGUUGCCCUUAUGCUAGCUGACAAUGCUCGAGAGGACUACUUUGAUGAAACAGAAAAGGACGGUGUUGUGGAACAAGGUCAGGUUUUCGUAGAUGAUUAUACGCGCAUACCUGCAAAGGCCAGUGUGUGAAGUAUCUGUUGAAUAUGAGCACUCUUUGGGUUUAGGCUCCUUUAGUUUUCUAUGCUUCUCUGGUUUAUAUAUACUAUGUCAUCAACAUCUUUUAACACCUUUAUGGUGAUUGGAGUUUGGUUGUAAAAUGUAAAUAUUGUUUCGG